AUGAAACCACUAACAGGAUCUUACAUCCAAGUCCUCCAAACCUUAUUUUUAGCCCUUUUAUCCUUCACCCUCCUCCUCCACACCACCUUUUCCUAUAUCCCCUUCACCACUGUUCUCCGCCACAUCCUCCCAACCAACUUCCCCCUUUUUCUCUCAUGUGCUCUGUGCGCACUCCUCCUCCUCCUCCUCCUCUACCACCUUCACACCCGCCCACACCCCAUCCUACUCUUAAACUACUCCUGCUACAAACCACCACCCCAUCGCAAGUGCCCUAUGGAGGUGGCCGAGUCCUUCGUACGCCGCAGUGCUCACUUCAACCCUCAAACCAUAGAAUUCAUGCGUAACAUAUGUCUCAAAUCUGGUCUAGGCGACGAAACCUACGCACCCCCAUUCAUCUUCCAAGAUGACAAUCAGCCGACGCUGAAAUGCGCCAUCCAAGAAGCCCAAGAAGGCAUGUUCUCCUCCAUUGACGCUCUCUUAUCCAAAACCCUAAUCAACCCACAACGCAUAGACAUUGUUGUCGUUACAUGUGGAAGCUUCUCUCCAUCUCCUUCUCUCUCCUCUCUCAUAUCAAACCAUUACAAGCUCAAACCAGACGUGAAAACCUAUAACCUAAGUGGGAUGGGUUGUAGUUCCGGCAUUCUCUCCAUUGAUAUGGCCGCUAGGGUUUUACGUAACAGUAGAAAAGUUCAAUAUGCCCUCGUAGUAAUCACUGAGAACAUUACUCUGAAUUGGUACUCCGGCGAUAGCCGUCCAAUGCUUGUAACCAACUGUAUUUUCCGUGUUGGUUGCACCGCCGCGAUAAUCACCAAUGACCCGAGUCGCCGCCGAGUUGCUAAGAUGGAACUAGUUAACUGGCUCAGAACUCACUACGGCGCUGACGAUUCGUCUUACCGUGCCGCAUUUCAAGAGGAAGAUGACAAGGGUAAUACUGGGGUAGCACUCACAAAGGACUUGAUAAGAGUCGCCGGUGUAAACCUGCGUGAACAUAUAAAAAUAAUUGCACCACGAGUUCUACCACUGAGUCAACUCGUCUACUACAUGUACUCAGUUAUGGUGGCCGCAACGUCACACGGCAAGUCGAAGCCGGUGGUGCCGGACUUCACAAAGGCAUUUGAGCACAUGUGCAUACAUACAGGUGGGAAGGCUGUGAUUGAGCAAGUGGGUCGAGUUUUGCGACUCGGUGAAGAUGUGACUGAGCCGGCUCGGAUGAGUUUAAACCGGUUUGGGAACACCUCUAGUAGUCUGGUUUUCUAUGAGUUGGCUUAUUUUGAAGCUAAAAAGAGGGUGAAGAGAGGUGAUAGGAUGUGGAUGAUUGGGUUUGGGACUGGGUUUAAGGUUGGGAGCUUGGUAUGGAAAUGGGUUCGGGACUCGAGUCAGGAUUGUGAUAAUCCAUGGAGUGAUUGCAUAGAUAGAUACCCAAUCAAGGCUUGGUAA